UUGUUUUUUUAGAUAUAAAUAUAUAAUUUUUUUUUGGUUAGGUUUGACCACUGCUCAUUGGGCUCCAUUCCCAUUUUCUCUUUCUCUCUCUACUUUCUCUCUCUCAUCUCAUAUAUUCUUUUCUCUCUCAAAGAUCUCUCCUUUCUCUUUCUUUCUCACUUCUUCUCUUCUCAGCUUUUGCAUCUGCUUUCUUUGACUUGCUGAAGGUGUUUUUCUUCCACCAAAUCGAAGCCACAGAUUCCAAAUCCCACCAUUUCUUCACCCUUUUCCCAACUUUUCCCAACUUGCAUGAGCUGAUUGAUAUAAUUAGAUUUCAUAAUCAAAACAUGGGUUGUUUCACAGUUCUAAAGAGUAAGAAAAAAAGGUAUGAACAGCCUGUUUACAUUAAACCAAACAAUCUUAAAGAACAAGCCCCAACUAUAUUACCUGAACCAAAAGUCCAAACCCGAACUCUACAGUCUGCUCCCCCUAGUUUUAGGACAAGAGUAAAGCCAAUUCACCCUGUUAGUAGAAUCACCAAUACUCGAGCUCGAGCAUUGUCUGCUCCAUCAACACUUGAUGCAGCUGAACAAGAUGCUUUAGCUGCAAUGGAGUAUGAAGAAGCUGAAGAAUUGAAGUACAGGAUUGGAUCCACUAAAGAACAACAACAACAACGCUCCCCGAGUCCUCAACCUCUCCCGCUCCCGUCGCCACAGGCUGCUGCUGCUGCUGCUCCUGCUGCAAUGAGAAGCUUUGGAAGCUCGAGUUUCAAAUCGAUGAAUGCUAGUGGACCGUUGCCAUUGCCUCCAACUGCAGCAACGGGAACACUUAGGAAUUUUCAGUAUGAUGAAAUAUUAUCUGCUUGUCAUAAUUUCUCUUCGGAUAGAUGUAUGUCUGAAGGUCUUUCUUCAGUCAUUUACAAGGCUUCAUUUGGUGAUGAUGCUUCUAGCUCGAAACGAUUUGAAGCUACGGUUACUCGCCUUCAUCCUUCACCUCAGGGUUUAAAGGAGUUCAUAAACGAGGUGAAUACUCUUUCAUCUUUGCAACAUCCAAACCUCUGCAAAUUGCUCGGUUUUCAUGCACGUGAGGGUUCAGAUCAAAGAAUGCUAGUCUAUGAGAGGCUUUUCCAUGGAAGCUUGGACCGCCUACUCUAUGGUAGACCAGAUGGGCCACCUAUUGAUUGGAAUACAAGAAUGAAAAUUGCUUUAUGUGCUGCACAAGGUCUUACUUUCUUGCACGAAGAAGGGCCUUUCCAGGCAAUGUACAAUGAAUUUUCAACUGGGAGUAUACAAAUUGACAAAGAUUUUAGUGCAAAGCUGUCUGGAUAUGGUUGUGUUGGUCAUAUUCCCGAGACCGAGAUUUCUACUAAUUCAGUUGCUGUAGCAAAUCUUUCUGUUGAGACAUUAGAGAAAGGAAUGCUCACCCCGAAAAGCAACGUUUGGUGUUUUGGAAUUGUCCUUUUGGAGUUACUCACAGGGCGGAGGAAUCAUGAUAGCCGUCAUCCAAAGGAGGAAAGAAACUUAGUGAAGUGGAGUCGGCCUUUCUUAGCUGACGACCAUCGUCUUUCGUUGAUUAUGGAUCCUCAGCUAAAAAGCCGGUUCCCCUCCAAAGCAGCAAGAACAGUAGCAGACAUUGCACAAAGAUGUCUUCAGAAAGAUCCAUCCGAAAGACCAACCAUGAGAACUGUAGUGGAUCAUCUCAAGCUAAUACAAGACCUCAAGUACUCUUAUCGGUUUCCCUUACAAGAGCCGGUAACAUUUGCUGGAAAACUAAUGUCGAAAUCACCAAGUCUAAAUGGAAUCAUUACACCGGCUCCCAGAUUAAGUUUCUCCCCGUCGCCACCUUCUCGAGCCAGGCCAUCUAUUUCGCCCACAAGGAGGUUGAUCUUGCCCUCUUCGCUUCCACCGCGCGCUUGUUCCUCAACCAUCUCGUUAGAGGAGCUGGAUCGACAGGAAAGUAGGAAAUCAUCGUCGUCAACUGUCAGGAGGACCAGUGUCGAGGGAUUUUGAUCGAUCGUGUAUAAAAAAAAGAAUGCAUUUUUUAGUUUAUUUUAAAUUUUUUUUUCGGGUUUCUUUGCGAUUCAACACAAUAUAUAGAAAGAUAAGAAGGAACAAAAAAAAAAGAACAAGUAGAAAGAAGAAAUGUGGUUCUUUCCACCUUCGAAUUCGAAACCGAGAGAGAGAGAGAUGUUGUUUUUGUAGAUAUAGAGUUUGAGCCUUUUGCUAUGGCCACAACAAAUCACCACAGAGACAGGUUCAUCAACUUUGCUUUCACCCCAAAUCCAUAAUCACAAUUCUUAUUUUCAUACACAAAAAAAGAAAGAAAAGAAUGAAGAAAAAUUCAAUCUUUUGCUAA